AUGUGUAAGUUUUUCCCGACAAGUCUAGAAGGCGAAGAGAAGAACUGGUUCUAUACUUUGCCCGAUGAGUCCAUUGGCAAUUAUGGCGUCCUAGUGGAAACAUUUCUCGAAACCUAUAUGCAUAACAACAUUGCUCGCCCAAGGGUAAAUAAACUAUUCACACUGGCACGAAGGUUCAGGGAACCCUUAAGAUCUCUAACGGACAGAUGGAGGAAGCUGUGUACCGAUAUCGGAAAGGUACAUGUCGACCAACAGAUCUUCGGGUUUGAAUAUUCAUUAGGAAAGUCUGACCCUAUUUGGAUAGCAAUGUACACUGAGAAGCCACAAACGUUAAGGGAGAUGAGGAAGAUGCAAGAGCAUUACAUCGUAUUGGAAGAGAUACAAGAGGGGGCGCAGGAUAAAGGAGUACAAGAAGCCAGCGCGGCGGUGGAGCCUGUUCCUCGAGAAGACCCAAAGCGAUCAGAAAAAAGGUCGAUGGCACCACAGCAAGGCUCGGUCAAGAAUGAAUGGGUCGGGAUAGUAAAAAAGCCUCGUCAUGAACCAAGAACAUACACGCCUCUGAACUCACCAUUGGAAGAAAUAUUCAAGGAAGUAGAAAAACGAAAUGACAUCAGAUAUCCAAAGACUAGGGGGAUCCAGUUUGACGAGACAAGAAACCAUUCUGAGUUUCGUCAUUACCAUCAGUACCAAGGUCACUCAACUAACAAUUGCCAAGAGGUAAAAGAUAUUGUCCAGCAUUUGAUCCGAGAUGGGUACUUACGACACUUUGUUAAGACAAUGCCGACAUCUACCCAGCCCGAUGCUCCCGUGCAUCAAGUGAGGAUUUACCGGGGAACUCAGUUCACCUGCAAUACCAUAUCGCACUCGGAAACUCAAGGGUUCGACUUGGGAACUAGCAUUACUUCUAGAAUCCACAAGAGAGAUCGGGCGGGAAAAGAGAUCUUUAGUGUAGCCAAAAAAUUUCCUAUGGAACCCUGGAUGAUGGAACCGAUCACCUUCUCAGCAAAAUAUGUCCCAUCGAAUGGCCAAGCACAUGGAGACCCCCUAGUAAUCACCUUACUCAUCGAGGAAUAG